AUGACUUUAAAUAGAGCAUUUUUCAGAGCCAUCAGAUCAGGAAGAAAAGCGUGCAGCAACUUGUACGAUUUAUCGUUGAUAACAUGUCAAAAGAACCGGAUUUGUGCAAGCAGAUCUAUUUUAAACACAUCGUUUAGUACAUUUAGAUUUCUACAAGAUGAGAUAACGGAUGACGGAAUUUUGAAAAAGCCAAAGGUACAAAUGCCGAAAUUGUCUGCGGAAGAGUAUGCAAAACUGAGAGAGCAGUAUUUUGCAAAGAGGAACCACUAUAGAAGAAGAACAACGAGUAACUACAUGAUUUCUAUUGCACUUAUAUUUUUAUCGAUAUCCUUUGCAUCCGUUCCUGUUUACAGAGCCAUUUGUAAACGUACUGGAUGGAAUGGAACUCCUAUUACGGAUAGUUCAAAAUUUACAUCUGAUAAAAUGAUUCCAGUUGAUACGGACCGGAGGAUAAGAAUACAGUUCACAGCCGAAACUUCUAGACAACUUCCAUGGAAGUUUGUUCCUCAACAGAGGGAGGUCUAUGUUGCACCGGGGGAAACUGCACUUGCAUUCUAUAAGGCAAAAAAUAAGACUGAUCAUGAUAUAACAGGAAUGGCCACAUAUUCAGUUGCGCCGGAUAACGUUGCACCAUAUUUCAACAAAAUUCAGUGUUUCUGCUUUGAAGAGCAGCGUUUGGGUGCGCAUGAAGAAGUUGACAUGCCUCUAUUCUUUUUUAUCGAUCCAGAAUUUGCAACUGACCCGGCAAUGCGGAAUAUCGAGGACGUUGUUCUUCAUUACACGUUUUUUAAGGCUACGCAUUCCGAUGACAACAAUAUAUUACUUACCGAUGCGAAGGAUAAGAUGGGAAAGGCCAACAAAGAGGCAACUAAGGCAGCAAAAGAAACUAGUGUUUAA